CCCAGAUCGUUUCGAGAGGUUGGUUAGUGACCUAGGCUGGUAAUCUUAUCGUUAGGAAAACGAUGUCAGGGCCAGUAUCAUCAACACCAGCAGCACUAACAGCUCCACCCAAAUCUCCAAAAGUAGCACCAGCGCCACCUGCGCCAGCUGCGCCCACAUUACGUGACAGCAAUAAUAACAACAACAACAACAACAACAAUAACAACAACGUCGUAAUCGAUGGUAUCUUGUCAAAAUUACUAGGAGCGAGACAAACCGCGGAUGGAUCCUGUGCCCGGGUACAGCUCACGAAUCGUGAACUACUGGAAGUAACUAGACGAGCUCAGCAGGUCUUCAGCGAAGAGUCAAUGCUUCUUCGGGUAUCUCCGCCACUGCGAGUAUUCGGGGACUUACACGGACAGUUUCGAGAUUUUUUGCUACUGCUUGACCAAACUGGACUGCCGCCGGGUACGCGAUUCCUGUUUCUUGGUGACUACGUCGAUCGUGGGGAACAGUCCCUUGAAGUAGUAACUUUGUUAUUUGCCCUUAAAGUACGUUUUCCUACCUCGGUGUUUUUAUUAAGAGGAAAUCAUGAGGUGCAGCCGGUUAAUAGAAGGUACGGAUUCUUCCAAGAGGUUACUAGUCGGUACAACUUGGAGAUCUACGCGCGGUUUGGCUCUGCUUUCGCGUAUAUGCCGGUGGCCGCCGUCGUUGGUGAGAAAAUUUUUUGUGUGCAUGGCGGCAUCUCGCCCCGUUUGCAUAACCUAGAUCAGAUACGCGAUAUUCCACGACCUGCUAGAGUUCCCAAGCAGGGCCUGCUCACUGAUCUUCUUUGGGCUGAUCCACAUCCUGCGGCCGAAAAUUUCACCGACAACCUUGAACGAGGUAUAUCAGUUGUAUUUGGACCUAAACAGGUGGAGGAGUUCCUGGAGCGUUUCGAUUUAGACCUCAUAUGUCGCGGCCACCAGCUUUGUACAAGAGGCCACGAAUUUUUUGCCGAUCAACGACUACUCACUAUCUUCUCGGCGCCUAAUUACUGCGGACAAUUCGACAACGCCGCCGGCGUACUCAGCAUCAACAAGGAUCUCGAAUGUGAAAUUAGCACGUUCCGGCCAACUGCUAUACCUGCUGCCCAAAGUUCACAGGCACCGGCGACUGUAAAAGCGUAAUCUCCGUGUCGUUAUGAAACAGCUUUCCCUUCCUUUCGUCGCCGUUUCUAACCUCUGCUUACGAGGCUCUAGCUUAUUUUGCACCUAAUUGACCCUGGUAUUCGGUUGAAAUCGCAACUUAUAACCGCUGGGCUAAAUUGAACUAUGCAAUUGCGUUGAGGCUUGCAAGCGACAUGUGUAUAUCCAUAUUCGUAUAUUAAAAACGGGUCGUGGGAUAUAUCUUCGCCGUAAUGCUGUCCUUAUUACCAGUGCUUUGCAAUAACAAUAAUCGUAACCAUAAUAAUAAACGGAACAAAAAUGAAUCCAUGAGAGCGUACGCCUGAGCCCCGAUGCAGUUAGUAGAAUAUUCUCUCGAACCCCUCAAGCCCUUGAUCCCCGCUUCUUUUCCUGGAUGUCUGUUCCCGUCUGAAUCUUCGGCUUCUUACGAAAUUCGCUAUCUGAUCUCGCUUACUCCGUCAGCAGAGAUAGACGGCACGCGGCUCUUAGUCUCUUGGGUCUUCCGGGUGACCGAGGUAAGUCGCUAUCGCGGUAGUCGCCGUGUUUUUGAAUCGUAAGCUGCAAAAGCAGGCCGAGCCGCGCAACCUGUUUUAACCUAUGUUCUAGUGCCGUAACUAGCCAUUUUAUUCGAAGUGUUCGAGAGCCUUCCGUCAGGUUACAGCCGGAUUACGCAGCAGCGUUGCCUGUCCGUCUGUCCAUUUGUCGUCAUCAUAGAAUAAUGAACUAGCAGAUGGAACCUCCUGCAGCUGGCUAUGGCGUCCGGCGGGCUGAUAGUAGACGGCCAGGCGGCGUUCAUUACUGCCCGCUCUGCUUCGCCUGCUCCGAUGCUACCGAGGGUCAUAGAUGAACCCGGAUCUGACGGCGGAAAACAAAACGACGGAUGGCGAUUUGUCGCGUUCAUCUAUACGUCAACCGUAUGCCAAAGACAAACGGAUUCGCCUUCACUGCUGCGUGUAGGCUGUGUAUGGCAUCCUGUACCGGUAGAGCGAUUGUUUCGCGAUGCCACGCUGUUGUCAGCAGUGGUAAAUGGCUUGCACUACAUAAUUAUUGAGUGCUUAAUGCGGUACUAGUCAAAUGCGGAACUUCGAUACUUAAGUGGGAGCUGGCUGAGGUGAUAGGGAGAGCGAGACGAUGAUAAUCGAAGUCAAAACUGGUGGAUUGCAGGAAUUGCCGCGUUAGUAUAUGAAACCAACAUGCUCGAAUACGAUAUGGUACAUGCCAAGUGCUACGAUACGAUUGGUUAUGUCCGAUAUGGAGAAAUUCUUAACGACUAAAGUUCAGUAUAUAUUAAUGUAUUAUAUAACAUCGAUGCGGUGCAAUGACUGUACUUAGCAAACGGAUGAUAAAGUAGUAUCUAACAGUAUCGUUAGUAAAUUGCAACGUUCCAUGCCAACAGACUAAAUUAGACUGUUUUAUAAGUUAUAUAGAUAUUUUUGAGUAGAUUUUGUUAGGCCAACGAAAGGGCAAGAAGGAAGAAUCGAUUGCUUU